GCGUGGUGGAGGCUUGGGAGAGGGCGGGCGGCCACACACACACACAGCGCCAGUCCCAGAGUUGUGAGCUCAAGCAGUUGUGAGCUCUUUGUUCCAGCACCACGCUCUCCCUCCACCACCUUACUCUCCCACUAACUCACAUUACGGCUCUCCCUGUCCCCAAGACACCUCAUAAAUGCCUCCAAUAGUGCACGAGUUCAAAUGAGACAAACUGGAUAAUUACAAUAGUGGACGUGAAAUGGAGAGCGGGAAUUUUUAGGUGAAUAUCCUGUUCCGGAGAGCAGGAGGAGGAGUGUGGAGACUCAAGACUCAGCUUCUUCAUACCUGGCGAGCCUCUGGUGGAGCCUUCAGCAAAAUGCCUGCCGUAAAUGGAACGGAUGUGGCCAACAAUAUACAAAACCCCUUGGGGGGUGGUACUGUAUCGGUACCAAAGAAAAAGACAGGAAAGUCUGUGGAAACUGUGUACCAGAAGAAGACUCAGCUUGAGCACAUCUUGCUCCGUCCUGACACAUACAUUGGUUCGGUGGAAUAUGUGACUGAGCAGAUGUGGGUUUAUGAUACCGAUGCUGAGAAAGUGGUAUUGAAGGAAAUAUCUUAUGUUCCUGGUCUCUACAAGAUCUACGAUGAAAUCUUGGUGAAUGCUGCAGACAACAAGCAAAGGGACCAUUCCAUGGAUACUAUUAAAGUGGACAUUGAUGCAGAAAACAACCAAGUGUCUAUAUUCAACAAUGGGAAAGGAAUUCCAGUAGCCAUGCACAAGGAUGAGAAGAUGUAUGUCCCAACUAUGAUCUUUGGACAUUUAUUGACCUCAUCGAACUACAACGAUGAAGAGCAGAAGGUCACUGGUGGACGUAAUGGUUAUGGUGCCAAGCUGUGCAAUAUCUUCAGCACUAAGUUUAUUGUCGAAACUUCUUCAAAAGAAUACAAAAAGAGCUUUAAACAGACUUGGGGCAACAACAUGAGCAAGGCUAGUGAACCAAGGAUUAAAGAUUUUACUGGAGAAGAUUAUACUAAAAUUACAUUUUCGCCAGACCUUGCUAAGUUUAAAAUGGAAGCUUUAACUGCCGAUAUGGUUGCCCUCAUGUCCCGCAGAGCAUAUGACAUUGCUGCUUCGUCCAGAGGAGUUAAAGUGUUUUUGAAUGGAAAGCGUAUUCCGGUGAAAAAUUUCAAAGACUAUGUGGACUUGUAUAUUAAAGACAAGGUGGAUGAUGCAGACAAUCCUAUUAAAGCUAUGUAUGAAAAUGUUAAUGAGAGAUGGGAAGUGGCAGUUGCACUCUCUGACAAAGGCUUCCAGCAGAUGUCUUUUGUAAACAGCAUUGCUACAACCAAGGGUGGUCGACAUAUAGAUUAUGUGACAGAUAUGAUUGUGAAGAACCUUACUGAAGCGCUUAAAAAGAAGAACAAAAGUGGUGUACAAAUAAAGCCAUUUCAGAUAAAGAACCACAUGUGGGUAUUUGUCAAUUGUCUCAUUGUAAACCCUACAUUUGACUCGCAGACAAAGGAAAACAUGACCCUCCAGGCUAAAAAUUUUGGUUCCAAGUGUACACUGUCUGAAAAGUUUAUCAAUAAUGUUAUCAAAUGUGGCAUUGUAGAGUCUGUGAUGGCUUGGGCCAAGUUUAAGCAGCAGGCUCAACUCCAGUCCAAAUGUGCAAGCAAGAAGCAGACCAAGCUAAAAGGGAUUCCCAAACUGGAAGAUGCCAAUGAUGCAGGAACAAAGUUCUCAUCUGAUUGUACCCUAAUCUUGACUGAAGGAGACUCGGCCAAGACCCUGGCUGUAGCAGGCCUUGGGGUAGUUGGCCGAGAUCGCUAUGGUGUCUUUCCUCUUAAAGGUAAAUUGCUGAAUGUCCGAGAAGCCUCGCACAAACAAAUUUUGGAAAACGCAGAAAUUAAUAAUAUAAUCAAGAUCCUGGGUUUACAGUACAAGAAGAAAUAUGAAUCUUGGGACGAUGUUAAAACUCUCCGAUACGGCAAGUUAAUGAUCAUGACAGAUCAGGAUCAGGAUGGUUCCCACAUUAAGGGUCUGUUGAUCAACUUUAUCCAUCAUAAUUGGCCAACACUACUUAGACAAUCUUUUAUGGAAGAAUUCAUCACUCCAAUUGUCAAAGCUACUAAGGGCAAGGAAGAAGUUUCAUUCUACUCCUUACCUGAAUUUGAAGAGUGGAAGAAGUCUAAAGAUAAUUGGCCAAGCUACAAGAUAAAGUACUACAAAGGUUUGGGUACUUCUACUUCCAAGGAAGCUAAGGAGUACUUCAAUGAUAUGGUGCGUCAUCGAAUUCGCUUUAAUUAUGGUGGAACGCAAGAUGACCAUUCCAUUCAAAUGGCAUUUAGUAAAAAAGCUGUGGAGCAACGCAAAGAGUGGUUGACAGGGUGGAUGGAAGAAUGUAAGCGUCGCAAAGAACUAGGACUACCAGAUAUAUACCUAUAUGAAAAAAAUACUCGUGUUAUUUCAUACACAGAUUUUGUCAACAAAGAGUUGGUUCUCUUUUCUAAUUUGGACAACGAACGUUCUAUUCCAUCAUUGGUAGAUGGUCUGAAGCCUGGUCAAAGAAAGGUGAUGUACACAUGCAUAAAACGAAAUGACAAAAGGGAAGUGAAGGUGGCUCAGCUUGCGGGUUCAGUUGCGGAACAUUCUGCGUACCAUCACGGUGAAGCUUCGCUCAUGUCAACAAUUAUAAAUUUGGCACAAAACUUUGUGGGUUCAAAUAACAUCAAUCUUCUGCAGCCCAUUGGUCAGUUUGGUACCAGAUUACAAGGUGGUAAAGAUUCUGCUAGUCCCCGUUACAUCUUCACUAAAUUAAGCCCUCUUGCAAGACUCAUCUUUCAUCCACAUGACGAUCCACUGUUGAAGAAUAACUAUGAUGACAGUCAGCGAAUUGAACCCGAGUGGUACUUGCCUAUCCUUCCAAUGGUGUUGGUCAAUGGUGCAGAUGGUAUUGGCACUGGCUGGAGCACCAAGAUUCCGAAUUACAACCCACGAGAAAUUGUGGAAAACCUUAAGAAAAUGAUUCGUGGUGAAACUCCUUCCAAAAUGAUACCAUGGUUCAAGAAUUACAGAGGCACUAUAGAUGAACUGGAUCAUCAAAGAUACAUUAUCCAUGGUGAGAUUGCAAAUAUUGGUCAGAAUAAGGUAGAAAUUACUGAACUUCCAAUCAGAGUAUGGACACAAUCAUACAAGGAAACUGUCAUGGAGACUCUCCUAGCAGGGACAGAGAAGAGUCCAGCUGUGAUAAGUGAUUACAAGGAGUACCAUACAGAUACAACAGUUCGCUUUACAGUAAGCAUGUCAGAUGAUAAAUACCGCAAAGUAGCAGAAGAAGGAUUUCAUAAAGCUUUCAAGCUGCAGACCACUCUCAGCACAAGUUCCAUGGUGCUCUUUGAUCAUAACGGUGUCUUGCGAAGAUACGAUAAUGUUGACCAAAUAAUGCAAGAAUUCUUUGAGUUGCGUCUAAAGUAUUACGUCAAGAGAAAGGCUUACCUAUUAGGUAUGCUUGAAGCUGAAGCAGCCAAAUUAACCAAUCAGGCACGAUUUAUUAUGGAAAAGUGUGAUGGUCGUCUAGUUAUUGAAAACAAGAAGAAGUUGGACAUGAUUGCUGAACUCCAGCGGAAGGGCUAUGACUCUGAUCCCGUAAAGGCAUGGAAGAAAGUCCAAGAUCGAGAGGCUGCUAUGGAAGAAGAUAAGGAAACUUCUGAUGAUGAGGAGGAAGAAACCACUACUGGUCCUGACUACGAAUAUUUGCUGGGAAUGGCUAUGUGGAACCUCACAAAAGAGAAGAAAGAUGAACUUUUGAAGAAGAGAGACGAGAAAACGCAAGAGGUGACAGUAUUGAAGAACAAGUCUCCAGAUGAUUUAUGGAAUGCCGAUCUUGACAAGUUUAUGGAAGAAUUGGAUAGUGUUGAGAAAUUGGAAGUUGAAGAUGAGAAGUCAACAAAGAAAGGUUCUACAGCCACCAAAAAGGGUAAAAAAAGAGGUGGUGUUGAGUCGAUUCAAGUGGAGACCGUGCCCUCGGCGUUUGGAGAGAGAGUAGUGCCACAGGUUGAUGCAGAAAUAAAGAAGAAGCUGGAGAAGGCAGCUGCUGCUAAGGAGAGAGGAGGAAGAAAGCCUAAGAAAGAAUCCAUGGAGAGCGAUGAUUUUGACGAAUUAGUCACUGCAAACACGGGCAAAUCUCUGGCUGCCCGUCUUGGGAACUCCCCUGAUGCAAUUAUAAAGAAAGCGAAAUCAAAGAAAAGUGUGGAUGGGAUGAAGCAGACUAAACUCAACUUUAAAAAGUCGUCUCCUAAAAAGAAGGGUAAAAAUCCAUGGGAAUCAGAUAGUGAAGAUGGAUCUGGUGACAUUGAUAGUGAUGUGUCUGUUGAAGUCCAGCCUAGAGAACGUGCUUCUGGUCGCCGAACUGCAGCAACCAACAUUAAGUUCAACUUCAGUGAUGAGGAAGCGAGUGACAGCGAAGCAUCACUUCAUGACAAUGUUGGUAUAGAGGAGCCUGAUGUGGUUGCUAGCAAUUCAAUAAUGGAAGAUUCAGUUCAAAAAGCUAAUGAUGAACCUAAAGCAGAAUCUGUCACUGACACCGACUCUGAAUUUGAGGAGAAACCAAAGAAAAAGAUGAAAGUUUCUCAAGUAACUACAGAAAAACCAACAGCCUCAGAUCUCUUUGACUCCAUGAUUUCAGGAUCACCAAGUCCACCAAAAGCAGAGCCUGUCAUGAAGCAAGCCCCACCUAAGAAGAGACAUGUGAGUGACGAUAGCAGUGACGAGGAUGAGCCUCAAGUGAAGAAGAAACCAGCGCCCAAGAAAAAGGCUACCGCAGUCUUAUCACUCGAUAAUUCUGAUGAUGAGGAUGAUAUUCCCAAGCCCAAGAAGAAACCUGUUCCGAAGAAGGCGGCUACAGCAAAACCUUCAAUGGAUAUAUCUGACGAUGAUGAACCAAAACCUAAGAAAAAAUCCGGCCCCAAAAAGACUGCAGCACCGAAGAAAAAAGCUAAUUCCGAUUCUGAUGACAUGUUUGACGAUUUUCCCACAAAGUCCAAAGGCAAGGUUGUCGGCAGUACAGAUUCGUAUGCUAUUGAUGUUGCGCCUCGAGAAAGACCUGGUCGUCAAAAGAAAGUAGUUACGUAUACACUCAGUGAUGAAGAUUCCGACGAUGAUUACUAGUAAAACAAAGCAAAGAUAAUUGGGUUGCAAGAAACUUUGUAUGAAUGGCAGUGCUCCUCAAAUUUUGAGGUUCAGUACAGUAAUGAUACUGACAAAAUAUUUUAAGAACAAUGGUCAUACAUACAUUUUAGGAGUCUAUUUAUAUUUUGUUUACUUACAUCAGAAAAUUUUAUAACUAUUUUUUAUUUUGUUUUAUACCCUUGGAAUGCCUUUGUAUUAGGCUUAAUGGGAGUUAAAAUUUGAUGUGUGCGAUAAUAGCAUUUUUGCAAGUACAAAGGGUUGGUAAUGCUUGUAACAUUGCCACUUAUUUAAUUUGUUUUUCAUUAAUUAGAUACAUUAGUAUUUUUCUAAUCAUUGAUUGAUAAAAUAUUGCCGAAGAAUUCUGAACUGUAGUAGUUUAAUGGUAUUUUUAACAAAUAUGUAUAGUAAUUUACAAAAAAAUAAUUAGAUUUUUUAAUUUUUUUUUUUUUUUUUUUUUUUUUUUUUUUUUAGAAUUUAAAUAUUCCUGAACAAAAGUAGAUUUUUUUUAGUAUAUAGUUUUAGCACAGACCGACAGAUCUCCUUCAAUUUCUAUCCAUUAACCCAGUGUCUCAUUCAAUGUAUCUUUGUAAACAUUUUUUAGCUUUGUUUAUCAAACCUAAUUUUGUUAAAAAAAAAAGAUAGAAUAAGAAAUUUAUUUUAUAUAUCUUUUGAUGGUACAGUAUUUAUUUCAAGUUUCUUCAAUGUGUCGGCAUCCCGACAUUUGUCUGCUGUCACUUUUUGAAAAUAAAAGUAGAUAGAAA